AGGGAGGCGGGCACUACGAGAGCUGAGGCUGCUUGCUAUUCAUGAGGGGGCGGGCCUCCUUCCCGCGGGGGCUCUUGGGAAGAUUCUACAAUAUUCUAGAGGCCGCGGGGACGUCUGAAAACAAGACAAGAAGAAGAAUGGCAUCCAGAAUAAAUACAAAUUUCACUUUGAUUCCCAACCAGAAACUUAGACGUAGUAAUCGUCAAACCAGCUGUUAUUCCAAGACCCUUGGCUCAGGCUUUCAACCCAUAUCAACAUUUGGAAAUUUUAAAGCCUUACCAUUGGAAAUAUUCCAGAUAAUUUUAAAAUAUUUGUCAGUGAAGGAUAUCAGCAUGCUAAGCAUGGUGUCCAAAACAGUCAGCCAACACAUUAUUAAUUAUAUCUCAACCUCAUCAGGAAGCAAAAGACUUUUACUACAGGACUUUCAUAACCUUGAGCUGCCUGACAGGAGACAAGACUCUGCUAUACUGGAGCACUACAGAUCUCUAGGUCUACUGUUUAAAAGAUGCACAUUGCUGCUACCCACCAAGGAAAGGCUAAAAUACAUUCACAAGAUACUCACAGAAGUUUCCUGCUUUAAAUUCAAUGGCUGUGCAGCUCCUAUGCAGUGUUUAGGAUUAACAUGUUAUGGCAUGUUUUUACAGACCUUAACAGCAGGUUGGGAUGAACUUGAGUGCCAUCGCGUUUAUAAUUUCUUAUGCGAACUGACUAAUCUCUGCCGCAAGAUGCAAAUGGCUGUCUGCAGCAAACCAGGAAGUGCCCGAAAACUGGAGUUAAGAAUCAGACUCUUCUGUAGGAAUGUCCUCCUUGAUCAUUGGACACAUCGAAGUGAUUCUGCUUUUUGGUUGACGCGAAUAUUAAAACCAUGGCCAAUGGUGAAUCAGGCAAGAUUGCUGUAUAUCAUCUUUGGGCCAAUAUCUCCUCAAGAUGGACAGGUGGUUUGGCAGGAAAUGAUAGAAGAACCUACAGAUGAAUUCAGUCUGAAAGGUUUGGCUGAUGCCAUUAAGUUACUAUAUGACGCUAGCACUAAAGAGUGGACAGCAGAUGAUGUUAUCAGUCUUGUAGAUGAACUAUCAGUGGUUCCCCGUGAGUGGCUUCUAGAGAAUAAUGCACGUCUCCUAAUGCUAAGUGGAAACAACAUCUGUUUCAGUUUCAUGGCUAGUAAAGCUGUGAAUGGACGGACCAUUGAACUGGCAAGGCUCGUAGUCUUUUUGGCUUUGCUUUCUUCACAUGAAGGUUUACAGUGCUUUAUAUGUCUAAAUCAGGUGUGUGAGAAAGAACUGUACUGCAUGGAUUGGACAGUUAAAAUGAUGCAAAAAGUCUGCAAAGUCUUUAGCACUCCAGUGGAAAGAAAGAACUUCCUGCAGAAUGUGGCAAAUGCAUUUGCAUGUGUUAUAAUGGAAAUGCUGCAAUCAAUUAUGUCUGGAGACCGUGAUGAAGAUGACAGAAGCUUUUUGAAUUUGUUCCAUCUUGUACAUGCUCAGGCUAACUUCCAUAAGGAGGUCCUGUAUUUGACCAUGAAUACUCCUCUGUCUACCUAAAUCCUCAGAAAGCCUUGCCUUUAGAGAACGUCACUGAAUGAAUGAUUAGAGGAGUGCUACUUUUUCACUCAAAAAAUAGCAUCCAUGGGACUUUUUAUCAUCUAAGUAACCUAAGAAUUCAAAAGCUGGAUAGAAUUUUAGAAGCAACUAUGUACAUCAUUAUUAAUAUAAAAAUAACAGGCAGACUCAAGAAUGUACUGAGAUUUCUCUGGAAAACAAGCUCUGCCUCUCCAGGUUUUAGUCAACCUAACACCAAACCAAAAUAGAAUGUUAGCUGUUCAAGAAUCUGGGACCAGCCAACCUGUGUGUAUGCAUUUUUGAAGCAAGAGAAAAUUCCAUUUUAUAGUUAGACCCAAAUUCACUAAAUAGUGUGUAUGUUCACUUUGUUUAAGUUGUAUAGACAUAGCCCAGAAUGUUUUGUGAAGAUUUGCAAUAUGGUGUUUUGGAAUGUGUAGAAUACAAAUCACAGUUUUUACUACCUUCUUGGCAUAUGCUUACAAAGAACAUUAUAUUUUGUUCAUGUUUUACAUGAACUAAUGGAUAAAAACAAAGUAUACAUAUAUGUCUAUAUAUAUAUAUAUAGACACACACACAGAGACAUAUAUUUCCUUCUUUAAGAUAAUCAUACAAAAGGUCUAUACAUACAGGAAGGUAUAUAUUGUCUCAAUGCAAUCAAAUCAUCUUUUACUGGGGAUUCAAAUAAAAUGUAGCAAAUAAGAGAAAAAUAAAAUGAAAGAAAAUAGCUAUUCUGCUGCCAGAAUAAUCUUUACAAAUAGUUUUUACUUCUUCCUAAAGCUUUUCUCCCUAUCUUAAAAAGUGAGAUUUGUCUGGGCACAGUGGCUCACACCUGUAAUCCCAGCAAUUUUGGAGGCUGAGGCAGGAGGAUCCCUUGAGUCCAGGAGUUGGAGGCUGCAGUGAGUUAUGAUUGUACCAUUGCACUCCAGCCUGGUGACAGAGUGAGACCCUGUUUCUAAACAAAACAAAACAAAACAAAAAACAAAAAAACAAGAUUUGACAAAGGAAACUAAACGUAUGGGUGGUUUACAGCAGCCCAUGAGAGAGUGGGGUUCGGUUCUGUUCUCUCAAGUAUAUAGAUUCCAAGAAGCUGCAGGACUGUUUCAGCCUGACUAGCAUCUGCCACUACUGCUUUUACUUUUACUAUUAAAGUAGAUAAUAAUAGUACUUGACAGGGCUGAAAGAAUGCUGGAGUCCUCCUGGAUCUCCCAUCCCAUUUUUUUCUCCUUGGGUUUGAGCACUUUACUUCUGAAGACACAUUGCUUCCACCUGGACUUCUCAGAGGCUGGCCUUCUUUACCCAAGCUCUUGAUUUAACUCACCUUUGGAGCUGAUGAAGGAAAGAAACACUAGAAGAUAUGAAAAGUAUCUGCAGAAGUAGGGGGUAAAUUAUGGGAAAUUCUCAAAUGUUUGGUAAGAGGGACUCAGUGAGAGAUGAAUAGGACUGAGGAAGAGUGAAAAUUGUGGAGAAAAUACAAAUUGUGAAAACAGGAUUUUAUUGUACUUCAGUAGUAAAGGCACUUACCUUCAUUUCUGGAAGGUGAGAAGUUUAACUGUCUUUCUUAGAUGGAUUUUCCCACUGUAAUUCCAUUGGUGGCAGGAAUUUUUUUCUCCAGUUUUUCAUUAGCAUAUUUAUGCAAAAACAAAGUUCUUGCUUUUAUCCUGGUUUCAUUUUCUUCUUCUCAAUGUAAGAAUUCACCCUCAGUUGAAUUAUAAAUGGAAUUGAAUUAUAAAGAUUAAAAGUUGGCAGAUACCAGAGUAUAAAAUAAUACCUUAGUUUUUUCAUUUUCCCCUCUCUUUUUUCCUAUACAUGCUUGCAAAGCAUAGAUCUAUCAAAACAUUGAUUAUUCCAAGUUAAGAGUAUACCUGUUCAACUAUCUGUGAGGGAAAGAAAAAAUAAGGAAAAAAAAGUAAAAUAUUCAAAUAUAAAUAGUGAAUUUUUUUUUUUUUUGAGAUGGAGUCUCACUCUGUUGC